AUGGAGCCGACUUUCUGGUCCGUGCACGUGAAGCAGGCCUGGGAUUCCGCCCCGGUGGCGCCAGAGACCGAACCUCCUCUGCUCCCCGCCUUCUCAGAAGAACUUGGGCCCUGGCCUCUUCCUUUCUAUCCGGUCCUAGGAGGGAUCCGCUCAGACAGAGGUGACGAUCUCGAGCAACCGCUUUCAUGUCUCCAGGGUGACUUGUCGGGAUCCGACGGGAGGACCGAGUCUUCCAGCCAGCCGGACUCCCCGCGGGCCUUCCACGAGGGACGAGGGCGACCUGCGACCCCGGCAAGCGUGGAGGACUCCGACGUAGAACCGUUCCCAGAGGCAGAGCAGCCCCGGCCCUGGUCCAGAGCGCCCCACCGUCGCCAGGAAUCGCGGGACACCGAGACCACGGAGAGGAGAAGCCCUGAGGAGUGUGAGCCGCCCAGCACCGGAAACCCGAGGGGAGGAUCGCGGGUUUGGUCCGCCAUCUGGCGGCGCAUUUGUAGCGUGUUCUGCUGUUGUGUGCCACGUGGCUGCUGCUUACCGGUACGUGGCAGCCGGGAGCCUUAG